UUUAUUUUAUGUUCUUAUGAGCAUUAUAAUCAAUUAAUUAAACUCAGGCUUAAUGAUGGAAUACUGCAUUUUUGUGGGACAGGGCUGAGAAUAUACAGAAAUCUCGAGGAUCUUUUUUUCCAGAGGAUAAUCGUUGAUAUUUAAUGUACCAUUCCUUACUGUUUGUUUUGGCGGAGAAAGUCUGCAAAUGGCUGACUCAAUUGUUGCUAGCUGUCGACUACCUGCACUCUAACCUUGUCCUCCACAGAGAUCUUAAGUGUUCCAACAUAUUCCUCACCAAAGAAAACAACAUUCGUCUAGGGUCCCUGCAGAUAGAGUGGAGGCUGGUGUGCAAUAUGUGGAAUUUCUGAUAUUCAGGGAAAGUAUGUUACCAGUAGGAAUUUAAGGGACAAGCUUUAUCGCGAACUUGAGCAAAAUCUGGCUAUCGAGGCUGAGAAGAUGGUGAAAGUGAAACAGCCGAUACAUUCAUUGUCAGUGGGCGCAGAACUCUGCAUAUCGCUAUACUCGUUUUUUUUCUGACGUUACACUAUACUCAUUGAAAAUAUGUAAGUGUGUGAGUAUUCUAUUUCAUGAAGAAUACACAGACCAUUGAUUUUACAGAUGCUGUUGGGUCCAAUAUUCGAAUUGAUAGCAGAGGACCUGGAGUUAUGCGCACUGUUCCUUGUUUAAAUGAGGACAUUAAUGAAGAAUGUAUUUAAUGCAAAACCUGCUGUUGUUAUGUGGUUUGACGAGGCAGAGCUUAAAUGACUGUACGAUUCGUGGUCCUCAUCCCAGUUGUCAAGUAUACAUGAACGAACUGGACCUUUUUUCAUACAAUCUGAAGAGAAUAGAGCUUUGGCUAGACAUUGCUCUAUUAGCAUUGAACCAAUGAUAUCUGGUGAAUGUAUUACUCUUCUUCAUACCCAGGUUCUUCUCAUCAUAUUGACCAACUUCAUUGCUCAAGUUUUCAUUUUUUUCUUCUUAUCUAGUUUUCGGUCAGAUAAUUAGAAGCGAUGGAUCUUUAACAAUUUAUGUGCUGAGUGGAUAAUUCUUGUCAGUUGAAUUGGCUCAUGAAUUUCAAUAGAGUAAUUCAUAGUAGAUGUUGAAUCAACUAAGUUAUCACAGGUGAAUUACGACGUGAAGAAGGAACGUAUAGAAAUAUGCGACAUCGUGAGGAGACCAGGAGUAUGAGACGACCGUAAGUGGUAUGUAUAGAUGUGUCGCGAGACUGUAAGAUGUGGUAAAGUGUUAAAUACAGUGGUGCGUCUGAUGUCACGAAGUGAUGCAAGUAUUACUUUGGGAUGUCCAACGGUAGGAGUGACAACAAAAACAGUAACGUCAGAUAAUAUGAGACGAUGUCUGACACUGUCCGGGAAUCUCUAAACUAAGGCUGCAAUGACGCAGUCAAGAGGAUGCUAGUAAGUAGUCGAAUCAGAGUGCGCAACAGGGAAUUCGUUGAGAACGUAAUUAGCAGGUUGCCUUUAGGCCAACACCUCUUGGAAAGAGGAAAAUGACUGUAAGAUGACUAAUGAACGUAUGGCGAAGGUAGUAUGCAUGCUUAAACGCUUGAACCCAUGAAUCUAAAGAGUAAAGCGGGAGAUGCUAACGUGUCUGGAGCGUUUGGAAUAAGAAGUCACGAAAAAGGACUAAUAUAAGACGAACGCAUACCCAAGAGUUGUAUUAACAGACUGAAGUUGAAGGUUCAUGAGAUGUAUAAAUAAAGGUUCUUAGAAGUAAUCAGACGAAAAGUGUAGUAAGGUGUGGUGAGUAGUGACCUUUUAAACCCGACCCGUAUCCGAUGACGUUGAAGUCGAAAACUCGAACGAUUACCCUGAUGUUGAGCGAAAAAGUUCUUCAAUCUCGAGAACGAAAUUCUUUUAAGGGGGGUAGAUUAUAACACACCGAUCUUAAUUAAUAGGAAUAUUAUUAAUUAAAAAAUAUAUGUUUGGGUUAAAUAAUUGAGAAUGAAAAAUAGUAGAGAAACACCUUGGCAAACUAGUAAUAUAUGGGUAAACUAGAUGGCAAUUUUAUUUCAAUUGAUAUGGAGGGACACUUAUAAUAAGCCAAUAAAGAUAAAAUUCAAUUGCUAGUAAACUCUCUUUCCUCCUUCUUCUCACACUUGAAACACCAACAAAGCUAGUACCAAAAUGGGACAACACUAUACACCUAUAAGAUGAGGAAGAGAAGACCCAGAAUACUAUUCAUUAUUUCUACAGAGAAUCAGUUUCCAUCUCUUUACUUUCUCUCUCACACUCUGCAGCAACAACAACAAACUCUUCCCCUUCCUUCGUUGCUAACUAGCGUGAAACACCCUCUCUUAGUCUCUUUCCCUUAGUUAGUAACUUCAGAUUCUUAUUCUUUUAAUCCUCCCAAAAGAUUAUACAAAUAUCCCUACUCUCUUCUACACUUGGCCGUGUAUCUUUCUCUCUACCCAUUCCACCAUGAUGUUUGGAUUUUCUCUCAACCAAGAAUGCAUGUAUGAAAUUCUCUGAGGUUAAACUAGUGAUGAAGUGUGGAAUCAAGGUAAUAAACAAAACUCUAUCAUGAAUAUCAAGGCCUAACUCAUCCUUACAAACCGAGUGUUGGCCGCUAACAAACUCAUUCCUUCCCUUCUCUCUUCUUUCAGCCGAAGCUCUAGCACUUAAAGGGGAAGCUUCAAAUUCAUUUUUAUCCCUUUAAUUUAGUGGGCAAAGCAUGAUAUCUCAUUUGGGUGUAAAUGCAUGUAGUUGAAAGAAUGGAUUUUGGAAGAAAUUAAAGAAUAAGCUGAAAUGGUACAGAGUUACAGAGAAGAUUGAAGAUUCAAUUACAUGCAUGGAAAAAUUGGAAUUAAAGCUCCAAAUCCAGGUGGGUUCUUAGGUUCCUUACCUUAAGAAUUAAUUAGAAGUUUAGUUUCCCCAAAACUCAUAUUCUUGCAUGCUAACAUUAGGCUAAUUUAGGAUAUUUAGAGAUAAACCGUAAUUGGAUAAAUUAAUGGUUGGAAUAAGUCCCUACAUGUUUGAAAUGAUGAAAACUCAUGGAAUCUAGUGUAAAUAAUUGAUUUAUAAAUUGUUGGGAAUUGGCUGUAUUGAUAAUCGGUGCAUACAUGUCUCUGUAACUGAAAACGUGUAUCCUAAAGCUUAUGAGUCGGUGCAAGCAGUGCUUGAAUUGGUGCAUAGUUUUCAGGCUGCAGCUUUAUAAAUCCUAGGAAUUCUUGCGUUGAUACCUACCUUGCAUGGGCUGGGUAGUUCACAAAUCUGAGAUAACCGAAAAAGCAAUUUUCAAGAUAACCGAGCCUUUUUAGCCCCAGCCCAUGUAGCCCAAAUUAAAUCUGGACUGGGCUGGGCUAGUCCAUUGGGCUUCAGGCCGGCCCAUUAUUAAAAAAGUAUGCCAUUUUUGUGAAAAUAAUAUUAAUAAAAACAUAAAAAAUCUUGUAUGAUUUGUUUAUGAUUUUUUUCCUUGAAUAUUUGUAGUCUAUCUCGGUACAUCUUGUGCCGAGGAGAGUUUUUUAUUAAUAUAUGAUAGUUAUGACAGAUUUUAUAAAAGGAAACGUGGGCAGAACAAUACAACUAAUCAUUCCCUUAUAGGAAUGUUUCCUUAUUUAGCGAGGGAAGAGAAAAUAAAUCUAGAUCUGAUUGAUUAAAUAGGAUAAUGUUUCCCUGCCAUUAUUUUUUAUGCAUGAUUGUUGGUUUCGGGUCUCUGUAAUGUUUCUUUCCUUUUGCUGCAACUAGUACUCCUUGUUUUAGAGGAAGCUUUAACAAUAUUUGCUCAUUCAAAAAAAAAAAAAAAACAGGUUAACCAUUAUAUGGAUACCAAUUGUUAGUUGGUUCGUGGUAAUUGAUAUUGGAUUUGGUAGGGAGGACCACAUUUCGAUUCCCACAACUGUAAUUGAGAGCGGUUGAAAUCAUUUGUUGUUAGAACUAGCUUUCGAACUAGAUUAGGUGGUUUAGUGGAACCGGAUAUUGAGUGGUGAAAGGAAAAGGAAAAACAAAUAUUGUUAAUAAGACGCUAAAAUAAAUAUCAGCACCGACUCUACUCCAACAAUAUUCAACUUUUUAAAGAGUUUUAAAUAAUGGGCUAUAUCUGUACCCGAAAAAUAAUAAUAAUGGGCAUUUUGUGCUUUAUUAUUUGGUGAAUUCACCUUAUUAUUUUUAUCUUAAUUUUAUGGGUUGGAGCGAAUAAAUCUAAAAUGGAAUGUCAUGUAACUAAUUUUCAUAUGCCCCUAAGCCAGUUGACAACUGUCUUACUAAUAAGGUGAUAUAGCUCUCCAAUGCUAAAUUACAAGUUUAACAAAGAUCAAGAUUAUAAGUCACUUUUGUCAAAAAAAGAUUAUAAUAUAAGUCACUUGGUCAUAAAUCAAUAUAUACAUUGUAUGAAUAACCCACAAUAGUUUUUUAGCAAUAUAUAUAUGAGGAGGGUUAUAUUGACUCCAAGAGUAACUUUAAAGAGUUACUCCACAUCCCCACCCUUGAUUUUGUUUAGAUCUAAUGGGCUAAAUUUAAUUCUCAAUAAUAAUCAUAGACCUCAUCUUCCCUAAUUAUUCUUCACAACAUUAUGAUUUCCUCUUUGUCAAAAUUAAUACUUUCCUUUUCUUUUAUUCUAUCAAUUAAGGAACAACAUAGGUCCCUAGAUCAAAAUCGUCAGGAAGAAGAAGAGAAAGGUUCUUGACAUAUUCUUCUUUAGGGUUAGGUUUAGUAUAUAUAAGAUUACCAUUAAUCUUAAGGAAUGACACUUGACAUUCUUGAUAAUGUUUACAUGUCCUUAUAUAAAAUCAUCAACAAAUUCAAUCUGUUAAAAAAAUCAACAAAUUCAACUUGUUAUUUAUAGAGAUAUGUAAUGUUACUUGACACAUUCUUUUUGCUUUCAUGGUUAAGAAAUCAUUUUUGCACAAUGCACAUGAGAUUCGAAAGAAUAUGUGGAUAUUGCUUUUUCUUUUCUUAUUUUAACAAUUAUUAAUUGGGGAAACUAUAAAACUGUCAACAAAAAAAAAAAAUCAUAAAUGUGAUGAGAAAUAAUUGGGGAAGAUGAAGUCCAUCAUUAUUAAUGAGAAUUAUUUCCCUAAUUACUUCCGUUUACUAAUAAAAAUUUAUUUCCAAAUAUAAUAAUAAUAUAAUUAAUAUUCCCUAAUUAUUUGGUGAAUCGAAUUGGGGGGGAAUAUGUAACAACUUAUUAUUCUAUAAAUUAAGGUCCAAAAUCCUGAAUUUCUUGUACCAAGACAUAUUGUCUAAUUUUGUUUUGAUAAUUUUUGUCCCUCAACAUGUCACUAAGCAAUAUUUUCAUUGUCAUUCUCAUUUGUUGUUCUUCACUAAUUCAUAAUGUUGUUUGUAUUGAUUAUGGAACAGCUCUUACAAAAAGUUUGUUGUUUUUUGAGGCUCAACGUUCAGGUCGGUUGCCUUCUAAUCAAAGAGCAGAUUGGAGAGGGGAUUCUGCCCUUAAAGAUGGUCAAGAUGUUGGGGUUGACCUAGUAGGUGGAUACUAUGAUGCUGGAGACAAUUUGAAGCUAGGAUUUCCAAUGGCCUUUACCAUAACAAUGCUAUCAUGGAGCACAAUAGAGUUCAAGAACAAACUUGAAGAAAAGAAUGAACUUGAAAAUGCAUUAUCAGCUAUAAAAUGGGGAACUGAUUAUUUAAUGAAAGCACAUCAACAACCAAACACUUUAUAUGGAGAAAUUGGUGAUCCUGAUUCAGAUCAUCAAUGUUGGGAAAGGCCAGAGGAUAUGGAUACACCUAGAACUUCUUAUAAGAUUGAUGAACAACAUCCUGGCUCUGAUCUUGCUGCUGAAACUGCUGCUGCUUUGGCUGCUGCUUCCAUUGCUUUUCGAUCUGUCGAUAAAAAUUAUGCAUCAUCAAUGCUUCUUCAUGCAAUACAAUUAUUUGACUUUGCAAACAAUUAUCAAGGCAUAUACCAUAAUAGUAUCACACCAGCAGCAAAAACAUAUUCCAGCAGUGGAUAUAAGGAUGAAUUAGUAUGGGCAGCAGCAUGGCUUCAUCGUGCCUCUAGGUUGAAAAAAUACCUUGAUUACCUUGGAGGUGCAGGAGACACCGGGGGUGCAAGAACAAUGUUUAAUUGGGAUGACAAGUAUGUUGGUGCACAAAUUCUUGUUGCAAAGCUUAUUUUAGAGGGAGAUGUGGAGUCUUCAGAUAAUUGGGCUAAAUAUAAAGCAAAUGCAGAACAAUUCAUAUGCUCAUGUGCACAAAAAUCAAACCAAAACUUCCAAAAGACACCAGGGGGUUUGUUAUGGUUUCAACCAUGGAAUAACAAUCAAUAUGUUUCAACUGCUACUUUUGCAAUGUCUACUUAUUCUCAAUAUUUGUCUGCAAAACAAGUAUCUCUUCAAUGUAGUGGUGGUAAUCUUAGUCCUUCUGAUCUCAAAUCUCUUGUUCAAGCUCAGGUGGACUACAUAUUGGGUUCAAAUCCAAAACAAAUGAGUUACAUGAUUGGAUAUGGAUCAAACUAUCCACAACAAGUUCAUCAUAGAGGAGCAUCAAUUAUAUCAAUUAAGAAAGAUAAAUCACCAGUAGCAUGCAAAGAUGGCUUUGACAAAUGGUUCAAUAAAAUUGAACCGAAUCCUAAUAUAUUGGAAGGAGCUGUUGUAAGUCCAGAUCAAAAUGAUGGUUUUACAGAUAAUAGGAAUGAUUAUCAAUUAGCAGAACCAACUAUUGUUUCUGUUGCACCUUUAGUCGGUGUUCUUGCUUAUUUAGCUUAAAUUUGUAGGAUAAUUGUAUUAUAGCACGAAAUAAGUGUAACCUAAUAAGUUUAGAUACUAGUUUAUUGUCAUAGUUAAAUUAAGUGUAACCUAACGAUAUCAUAUGGCAAUUGGCAAAAUCCUCUAAAUAUCAUAUGGCAUAUGGACUUAAAACC